GGGCAGUGACGCAAUGCGCCCCUAGUGGCGGCUGUACUCACGGCCUCGCUCCGGCGCCUUUCGGUUCCGUUUAUACCGCUAGGGCGGCGGGUGCCAGGGUCCCAGUCGCCGAUAUGCAGCUGUUUGUCCGCGCCCGGGAGCUGCACACUCUUGAAGUGACUGGCCUGGAAACGGUUGCCCAGAUCAAGGCUCAAGUAGCCACGCUGGAGGGCCUCACCCCUGAAGAUAAGGUCGUGCUACUUGCAGGUUCCCCCCUACAGGACGAAGCCACCCUGGGUCAGUGUGGGAUAGAAGCCCUGACUACUCUGGAAGUGGUUGGCCGCAUACUAGGAGUGGGAAAACGAAAGCUGGAUCGAGAGCGUCGCAUGUUUCAAGAAAGGAAGCAAGAUUGUGUCAUCUGUAAAAAUGGUGGGGUGGCGACGUCUUCCAACCUUCUCCGGCAACUUCACAACAUCAUGAUCAGCAUCAACGGCCCAAGGCUAAUUCCUGUGACGUGGAGUCCAGCUUCUCAGAUUAUUUGAUCAGCGUACAGAUUGAAUGAGUAUGAUGAAAGGAUACAACCCUGAUGUACACCUUCCCUGAAUGAGAUUAAAGGAGACCUAAAUAAAUGAAAAGAUAUGCCAUCUUCAUGGAUAAGAAAAGUCAAUGUUGUUAAGAUAUUCAUUCUUCCCAAAUUGAUCAUAAAUUCAGUGCAAUACCAAUCAAAAUUCCAAUAGGCUUUUUUGUAAACAUUGACAAGCUAAUUUAAAAAUUCAUGUGAAAAUGCAAAAGAUUCAUAUGAAAAUAGAAAGGACCUAGAAUAGUCAAACCUUUGAAAAACAAGUUGGAAGACAACUACCUGACUUACAUUCUGAAAGGGAAAUCAGGAAAACAAUACCAUUUACAAUAGCCCCCUAAAAGGUAAAAUAUUUAGUAAUAAACCUAGCCAGGGAUGUAAAAGAUUAUACAAAGAAAACUAUAAAAUACUACUGCAAGAAACCAAAAGAGACCUACAUAAAUGGAAGAACAUACCACGCUUCGUGAACAGGAAGACUUAACAUCGUGAAAAUGUCGUUACUACAAAGCAACCUAUAGAUACAAUGCAAUCCCAACCCAGAUUCCAUCAACAUUCUUUAAAGAGAUGGAAGAACUUAUUACCAACUUUAUAUGGAAAGGAAAGAGAACCUGAAUAAGCAAAGCGCUACUGAAGAAGAGGAACAAAGUAGGAGGUCUCACACUUACCAAUCUCAGAACCCACCAUACAGCCGUGAUAGUUAAAACAGCCUGGUACUUGUACAAUGACAGACAUAUAGAUGAAUGGAACAGAAUUGAGAGCCUAGAAAUAAAUCCAUUCACCUAUGCACAGCUGGAACCCUGGUGGCACAGUGCUAAGAGCUUGGCUGCUAACCAAAGGGUCAGCAGUUUGAAUCCACCAGCUGCUCCUUGGAAACCCUGUGGAGCAGUUCUGCUCUGUCCUUUAGUGUUGCUGUGUGGGUCUGAAUCGACUCGCUGGUGACAAGUUUUGUUUUUUUUUUUAUGGACAUCUUGUCUUAGUGCUGUCAUAACAGAAAUACCACAAGCAGAUGGUUUUAACAAAGAGAAAUUUAUUUUCUCACAGUCUAGUAGGCUGGAGGUCCAAAUUGAGGGCGUCAGCUCCAGGGAAAGGCUUUCUCUCUCUGUCAGCUCUGGAGGAAGAUUCUUGUCAUCAGUCUUCCCCUGGACAAGAAGCUUCUCCACACAGAAACCCCAGGUCCAAACACUUAAGUGCUCUGCUCCUGGUGCUGUUUUCUUGAUGGUAUGAGAUCCCCAAUUCUAUGCUUGCUUCCCUUUGAUUUUGUCUCUUGUAAGAUAAAAGAUGGUGCCGGCCACACCCCAGGAAAACUCCUUUUACAUUGGAUCAGGGAUGUGACAUGAGCAAAGGUGUUACAUCCCACCCUAAUCCUUUUCAGCAUAAUCUAAUCUUGCCUCAUUAAGCACAGGCAGAGAUUAGGAUUUAUAACGUAUCGGAAAAUUAUAUCAAUCACAAAAUGGAGGACAACCACACAAUACUGGGAAUCAUGGCCUAACCAAGUUGACAUGUAUUUUGGGGGGACACAAUAUUCAGUCCAUGACACAGCUGAUCUUCAACAAGGGGCCGAAAUCCAUUAAAUGGGGAAGAGAUAGCCUCUUAAACAAAGCUGGCACAACUGGAUAUCCAUUUGCAGAAAAAUGAAACAGGAUCUAUCCUUCACACCAUAUACAAAAACUAACUCAAGAUGGAUCAAAGUCCUAAAUGUAAAAUCUAAAACUAUAAAAGUCAUGGAAGAAAAAAUAGAGGCAAACCUAGGGGCCGUAAUUUAUGGCAUAAGUAGACUAUCAAAUGUGACUAAAAAUGCACAGAUAGCAGAAGAUAAACUAAAUGACUAGUACUGCCUAGAAAUUAAACACUUAAGCGGAUCAAGACUUCUCCAAAAUAGUAAAAAGAGAACCUACAGACUGGGAAAAAAAUUGGCAAUGACAUAUCUGAUAAGGGAUUAGUCUCUAAAAUUUAUAGUAAACUUCAAGAUCUCAACAACAAAAAGACAAAUAAUCCAAUUAAAAAGGGGGCAAAGGACAUGAACAGACACUUCACCAGAGAAGACAUUCAGGCAGCCAACAAAUGCAUAAAGAGAUGCUCGUUGUGAUCAUUAGCCAUUAGAAGGACACAAAUCAAAACAACGAGAUAUCAUCUCACCCUGGUGAAAAUGGCAAUGAUCAAAAAACAGAAAACAACAAAUGCUGGCGAAGGUGUAGGAAAAUUGUUACAGUUGUCAGGAGCCAUCAAGUUGAUUCUGACUCAUAGCAACCCUACGUACCACAGAACGAAACACUGCCCAGUCUUGGGCCAUCCUUACAGUCGUUGCUAUGGUUGAGCCCACUGUUGGAGCCACUGUGUCAAUCCAUCUCCUUGAGGGUGUUCCCCUUUUUUGGUGACCCUCCACUUUACCAAGCAUGAUGUCCUUCUCCAGGGACUGAUCCCUCCUGACAACAUGUCCAAAGUAUGUAAGAUACAGUCCCGCCAUCCUUGCUUCUAAGGAGCAUUCUGGUUGUACUUCUUCCAAGACAGAUCUGUUCAUUCUUUUGGCAGUCCAUGGGAUAUUCAGUAUUUUUCGCCAACACCACAAUUCAAAGGCGUCAAUUCUUCCAUCUUCCUUAUUCAUUGUCCAGCUUUCACAUGCAUAUGAUGCAAUUGAAAAUACCAUGGCUUGGGUCAGGCACACCUUAGUCUUCAAAGUGACAUCUUUGCUUUUCAACACUUUAAAGAGGUCCUUUGCAGCAGAUUUGCCCAAUGAAAUGUGUCUUUUGAUUUCUUGACUGCUGCUUCCAUGGCUGUUGAUUGUGGAUCCAAGUAAAGUGAAAUCCUCAACAACUUCAAUCUUUUCUCCAUUUAUCAUGAUGUGGCUUAUUGGUCCAGUUGUGAGGAUUUUUGUUUUCUUUAUGUUGAGAUGUAAUCCAUACUGAAGAGGGAGAUUAGAACUCUCAUACACUGCUGGUGGGAUUGUAAAAUGAUACAACCACUGUGGAAAAUGAUAUGGCACUUCCUUAAAAAGUUUUAAAUAGAGAUACCUUUUGAUACAGCAAUCCCACCACUAGGUAUAUAUCCUAGGGAAAUAAGAGCCAUGACAUGAACAGGUAUAUGCACACCCAUGUUCAUCAAAGGAUUAUUCACAACAGUAAAAAGAUGGAAACACCCUAAAUGCCCAUCAACGGAUGAAUGGAUAAACAAUCCAUGGUACAUACACACAAUGGAAUACUACACAACGUUAAAGAAUAAUGAUGAAUCCAUGGACCGUCUCACAACAUGGAUGAACCUGGAAGACAUGCUGAGUGAAAUAAGUCAGUCACAAGAGGACAAUAUUGUAUGAGACCACUAUCAUACAAAGUCAAGAAAAAGUUUACACAGAGAAAGAAACAUUCUUUGAUGGUUACCAGGGAUGGAAGUGGGAGGGAGGGAAAAUCACAAUAUGACCAAGGCAAAGGAAGACACUGGGAGGAACACAAGCGUAAAAGGAAACAAGAGUGAAUACUAUUACAUACACAAUCUUGCAAUAACAGUAAUAACGAUCAAUAAUUUAUGAGUGGAUAUAUAGAUAUAUAAGUUGAACGGGGUGGUAUAACAUAUGGGAAUAUGCCCAUGAACAUAUAUAGAUUUGGCAGAGGCUAUUUCUACAUAUGUAUUUGUAUGUACUGCAAACAUAUCCAUGUAUAUAAUGGAGCACACAGGGGGCAAAGUUAUGAAAACUCAGCCACAACCAAACACCUUGAGGGACUGGGUCGCUGGGCUUGAGGGCUUAAAACCAUAGUCUCAGGGGACAUCUAGGUCAGUUGGCGUAACAGUUCAUAGAGACAAUGUUCUACAUCCUACUUUAGUAAGUAAUGUCUGGGGUCUUAAAAUCUUGCGAGUGGCCAGCAUUACAUCAUUACAUAACUGCCAAACUGCUGGGAAUCAUGGCCGAGUCCAGCUAACACAUAACCUUAACCAUCACAGCCAGUGUUACUCUCGGCUCACACCUCAGCCUUCGUUACUGCCAGACGUACAUAGUCUGGAUAGUAGAUUUUUUACUAUCGUCAUAAAUAUGAAAUCUCAAAUAACAAGAUAGUCCAUAAGUGAGGAGAAUCUGUAUUUGGAAAUAACCCGCAUGUCUUCCAACGGGUGAAUGGUUGAACUAACUGGUACACCUGUCUUAGUCAUCUAGUGCUGUUGUGACAGAAAUACCACAAGCGGAUGGCUUUAACAAGCAGAAAUUUAUUCUUUCACACCUUUGGAGGCUAGGGUGCCAGUUCAAGGGGAGAGCUUUCUCUCUAUGUCAGCUCUGGGGGAGGGUCCUAGUCAUCAGUCUUCCCCUGGUCUAGGAGCUUCUCAGUGCAGGGACCCUGGAUCCAAAGGACACGUGUGCUCUUGGCUCUUGUUGCUUGGUGGUAAUGUGGUCCCUCUCCUCCCUGCUCAAUUCUCUCUUUUAUAUUUCAGGAGAGAUUGACUCAAGAUACAAAUUAAUCCUGUAGAUUAACAUCAUAGAGGUUAGGAUUUACAACGCAUAGGAAAAUGACAUCAAAUCACAGAGUGGUGGUCAACCACACAAUACUGGGAAUCGUGGCCUAGCCAAGUGGACACAUUUUGGGGGGACACAAUACAAUCCAUAACAAUACCCAUACCAUGGAAUAUGACUUAGCAAUAAAAAGGAAUGCAUCAUAAACCUUAAACCGAAAAAAACCCCUGAAGUCUUCUUAAAACCAAACAGUAGUUUAGCUUAACUAGUAAAGAAUGUCUGCCUUGAGAAUUAUGCUCUUUUAAUAUCUAUGUGGAAUCAAAUUGAUAAUAGCAAUUUGAAAGAUUAGAAAAGGAACUUAGAAGGCAAUCAGUUUAUGUUAAUGGGAGAGAAACAACCCGGAAAAGGAGGAUGAGAAUGAUUAUACAACUUGAAAAGUAUAAUCAAUGCCACUGAAUUGUACACGUAGAAAUUGUUGAAUUAGUGUAUGUUCUACUGUGUAUAUUCUCAACAACAAAAAAUUAUUUUAAAAAAUGCAACAGCUUGGAUGGAGCACAAAGGAGUUAUGCUGAGUAAGAAAAAAAGCCAGUAUCAAAAGGUUACACACUUUAUGAUUCCAUUUAUAUGACAUUCUUGAAAUGACAAAAUUACAGAGGUGGAGAACAGAUGAGUGGUUACCAGGAGUUAGGGAUGGGAGGUUUGGGACUCUAAAUGGCACGAGGGAUCUUUAUGACGAUGGAACAGCUCUGUAUCUUGAUUAUGGUGAUGAGUACAUAAAUCCACACAUAAGAUAGAUUGCAUAGUAUUAUACGUACAUGGAGCCCGGGUUGUCCAGUGGUUAAAGCACUCAGCUGCUAACUGAAAGGUUGGCGGUUCAAAUUUGCCAGCUUCCGGGGAGAAAGAUGUGGCCGUCUGCUUCUGUAAAGAUUUACAGCCUCAGAAACUCUAUGGGUCAGUUCUACUCUGUCUUAAUAGGGUCGCUGUGAGUUGGAAUCGACUCCACUGGCAAUGGAUUACACACACACACACGUAAAAUUGUUAAAAUCUGAGUGAGGUCUGUGAAUUGUACCAAUGUAAAUGUAGUCGAAAAUACAGUUACGUAAGUUGUUACCAUUGGGGAAAACUGGGUGAAGGGUAUGGGACUUCUCUGUAUUCUUUUUGGAACUUCUCUUGAAUUCAUAAUAAUUUCAAGAUUAAAAAGUUAAAAAAAAAACUCAACUAACAAAUAUAUCCUGAAUGUUAUUGGCCAUCAAUGUCACAUCCUCCCUUGGUUUUUUUGAACAAAUACUCCGACGCCUUUCCUUUCAAAUGUUUAUCUCAGUCUCUUCUCAGCUGUGUUUUCCACCUCCGCCUUGUGUUCAAGGUAUAUCCUUGAAUCACUUUUCAAAUGUAUAGGAUCAGCCUUUUGGAGUUUGUGUGCUGCUGCUAACAAGGGCUUCCUCCCCUGUUGACCCUAAAUAACUGCCUGACACUUGAUGGGGGAGCCACUGGGUUGCGCUCAUGUACAAACGUGAACCUGGAAGGUUGGCGAGUUAGCACCUGAGGAACAGUAAUCCCAGCUUCUGGCUGGGGUUGGCGCUCUCAUGUCUUCCCUCAGGCAGGUCUUAAAGGAACCCAGAAACCAAAACCAGCUGCCAUGGAGCUGACUCCGACUCAGGGUGGCCCCGUAUGUGUCAGAGCAGAACUGUGCUCCCGAGGGUUGUCAGAAGUAGGUCACCAGGACUCUCUUCCUCGGUGCCUCUGGGUGGACUCAAACCUCCAACCUUUCGUUUAGCAGCCAAGUGCUUAACCAUUAGCGCUACCCAGGACCUCUAAAGGCAUCUGGGCCGGCCAUAUAUAAAUGUACCUUCAGUGGCGUCUGCAGCCGCCUGCACCGACCUGGGAGAGCUCAUCUCGCGUUUCUCUGCCCUCUGCCUUCAGUGACCUCAGUGUUUAUAUCACAGAAAUAGGCAAACGCUACAGUCGGGUUUUUUGUUCCCCCGAGAGCCAGUUAGUGUACAUUUGCCAGAAUAAAAAGGCCAGUUAGUGUCAAAUGACAGAGACAGUGGCCAGUGACAAUUCUGUUGCACACAUUGGGGAGGAGGGAGUGCAAGACCCCAGGGAACCUGCCCUUCACUCCUGACUGCUGCAAACUUCAGGUGAGUCCCAUGAGCCGCUGCACUUGACUUCGGCUUUCCAUCAGUGUCAUUGUGUAUUUCUUGCCUACAUUGAUGGAGGUGAAUGUCGUCGUCAGGUGCCAUCAAGCCGGUUCCAACUCAUAGUGACCCUACAGCACAGAGUAGAACUGCCAACCUUUUAGUUAGCAGCUGAGCUCUUAACCACUGCACCACCAGGGCUCCAUAGAUGAAUAGAUGUGGAAAAUAUAUGUGAAGAAUUCACCAUACGUAUUUGAGGGGUUCUUGUUAAGAUGCAAGGCAGGUGCUGCUGGUGCCAGGCAGGGUGCUGGCUGCUUAGGUAAUUCAUUCUCACAAUAACCCUGAGACGUCUGUACAAUUUGUGUCCAUUUUAUUGAAGAAAAAAAAUCCGAGGCUCAGAUUGUUUAAAUAGCUGCCCCAGGUCACACAUCCAGUAGGCACAGCAGCAAACCUCUUCCAGUAGCGUACGACAGACCCCCGCCGCCCCAUUCACUCUGACUGAAGCAAAAAGGAAAGGGUGUUUGGGGCCCAGGUGCCCAGAGCUGCACCAGGAGUCUGUGUCUCUACCUCCAUCUCGGCGUCCCGCUGGGGUGGCCUCCUCCUCAGACAGGCACUGUCCUUAUGGCCCAACAGCUCCAAGUUCACCUGCCACCAGUGGGGAGAGCACCUCCUUCCUGAAGCCCCAAGGCAGACUCAUAGGCAGGCCUGGGUCACAAGGCCACACCUGGAGCCAGGGGGUGAGGUGAGACCCAGUGGCUGGGGAAUGGAGAUUCGAGUCCCUCAGAGGAAAACAAACAAGAGUGCUGCCCCAGAAGUAGAAGGAAUGGGGUAUGCUUGAUGUCCCCCUGCUGGGAUGGGAACCUGGUUGUGCCUGGUGCCAGAUGGGGCCCCCACCUUUCCCUCUGCCCUGCUCAGGUUAGAUAACAGCUUAGGGUGCACACAGGCUCAGUGAGCACCAGCUGGCAUGUACACAGCGCCUGUCAUGUAGACAGGGCCACCCAGCACAAAGGCCCUGCUACAGGCGACCUGAUGGUCUCCUCGCACCACAGCCCCCCAUCAUGGCUCUCCUAGAAGUAUCUCGGCUUGAGGAAGCCCUGGUGAUUCCACAGGCUUGCCUUGCAGCCUCUUCUGCUUCCCACCCCUUCAUGAGCUGAUGUUUCACUCAACACCGCCUGACCCAAGAACACAGGAAUGCCCAGGAGACAUUGUGCCCUGGCUGCAGAGGUCCCAGCACCUGCCAUCAGGAAGCAGACCCAGACGAGGAGGGCACACUCGGGGCCCACGGGGGGGCCGUGAAAUACAUAGAUCCCUCUGAUUGAAAAAGCCCAACUCCUGGCCACUCCUGCCCAUAGAUAAUUCUGUCUUCCAAGAACAUACAGGGGCCAGGAGGAUCCACGAACACAGGAAGGGCUCAGCUGGAAAAGAGGAAAGAGCUAGAACCAAAAAGCCAUGCAAAACAAGGCACAUAGUCCACAGCAAACUGGAAGGAAGGAGGAGGCCUGAGUUAGCCACACACUGGGUGUGGGCACUGCAGGCCCUCCAGUUGCAGGGAGUAUGGGAGGUGGGUCAGGGUCAUGCCUAUGCUCAUCUUUGUGUUAGAGCUGAGCUGGACAAACGGCUGCUUGUCCUUCCCUCCCUCUUCAGCCCCUGCAGAUCCCAUCUGCUGAGCUCACACUGAACCCCCAUGUUCUGGGCCUGGUCCUUCUCCCUGUCCUCUGAUCCGUUGAUGGGGCCAUCUCCUUUGUGUACUGUGGACCUCACCUGCUCUGACUCUCUUUUACUCUGACUUCGACACUGGGAUUUUCCUUCUAUUUGUGGUGGCCUGAUGAGUCCAGUGUUUGGAUAACUUUGAAAUACCUCCAAGGAACGUAUGAAACUCUAAAUUACAGUCAGUCAACUGUCAGGUUUUUAAUACCUGUUAAACCAGUUUUACAAACAUUUUCUGUUUAUU